UCCAUCUCCCGGCAGGCAGUGCGCGGGGGUUUGGGAGUUAUGGCUGCUGCUGGCUCCUCACAGGGCCCUAUCUCCUUCAGUUUCACCCGCAGUUCCCGGCAGAAGCUCACUGCGUCCGUUGUAGACAAUGAAGCUCGGCAGGGCGAAGACCGGGAAUACCUGGUGGGAGCGGAGGGCAAGGAGCUGCUCAGUGUCAACCCAGCCCCAGUCUCCAAGCCACUGGUGAUUCCGCUAAUACGCACAAACAAAUGGUCACGACCCGACAAGCCUCAGGAAACUGGCGGAAGCGUUGUCCCUCAGACUGAAGAGGACUCUGUGCUGUCUCAAGCUGUGAAGGAGCUGAUUGAAGAGUCCCGGAGGUCACAGGAAGAUGACUCCACGGUGGACCAAACUCUCAGCAUCCCGCUGCUUAUGCAGAACAAGGUCCCUGACGGCUUAGAAGAUGGCGACAAAGUGGAUGUCUCUUUGCGGCCUGAAUCCGCAGAAGCUGCAGACUAUGAAUCGGUGCCUGUGGAGCAGUACGGCAUGGCAAUGCUUAGAGGAAUGGGGUGGAAGGAAGGCGAGGGCAUCGGCCGAACAUUCAAACAGGAUGUGAAACCACUAGAGCAGAAGCUGCGUCCUAAGGGUCUGGGGUUGGGUGCUGACCGCACAGCGCUGAAGAAUCUGGAGGAUCAGAAACCUCGUAAACCGCCGAAACCAGGGGAGGUCCCAGAAGAAGAGUCAAAAGGCCUGGGCAAGGGCAGUGCGGUGGAAAUACAAAGUGGUGCUCACAAAGACCUUUAUGGAAAGGUAGAGGGUCUCGACCCAGACAAUUCUCGUGCUAUGGUCAAGCUUGCCAUUAGUGGAAAGGUGGUCACUGUGUCACAGUUCGCUCUCCGCUUGGUCAGCAGUUCAGAAUAUAAAAAGAAUGCAAAGGAUUUAAGCCGGUUAAGUAAAGUAAACCAAGCAAAGAAAGAGAGAGAAGCCAAAGAGGCGCUCAUGAACAACUCGCCAGAGAACAAACCACACAGGGAGAGUUCCCCAGAGAGCAGAAAACCCAAGGAGCGAUCACCACAGCGGGAAAAGAGCAGGGCACAUUCGCCGAAGAAAGAAAAGCGCAGGGAACGCACUCCAGAGAGAGAGCAGCACCGUGAGACGAGCAGCAAUGGGCGCAGCAGGGAAAAACGACCCAGGAGCCCUGAACGUGAGAAAGAGAAGAAAAAAAAUAGAGCUGAGCCCCAAGGCUGGUUACAUCGGGAUUUGCGAGUUCGGUUUAUUGACAAGCAUUACAAAGGAGGCAAAUACUACAACUCUAAGAUGUUAGUGGAAGAUGUUUUGAGCCCCAGAAGUUGUGUGUGUCGAACGGAGAGCGGGCGUUUAAUAGAUGACAUAAAACAGGACAUGCUGGAAACGGUGAUACCCAAGGAGGAGGGGGACCAUGUUAUGGUGGUGAUGGGACAGCAUCGGGGGCAGGUGGGGCGGAUCCUUCAUCGCGAUAAGCAUAAGAGUAGUGCCCUGGUGCAGCUGCAGGGCGAUCAGGAUACAGCACUGAACUUCAGCUAUGAUGUCAUCUGUCACUACACCGGCGCCUGCGACGAUUAACCAAGCUGCAUUUUAUUGUCAGAAUAUGCACUAUAUGCAUUUUUUUUUAUUUAAUUGCUUUUGUAAAUAAAAACUGCAUUUUUUUUACAAA